GUUCCAAGAGGUAUAGUACCUUUCCGGGAAUGUUAGUACUACCUACUAACAUGAGUAUUAGUAAAACAAUAUAGUUAUAAUGUUCAAAUGGACAAAGAUAGGUCCAAAUUAAUUAUGUUUUGCUUGAGUAACCUCUCAUACUCCUAUACAUCUACAAAUGGCUCUUGACAUGUGAAAUUGUUUGCCCUUUAACAUCCUUCAAAUCAAUAAUGAUAAACUUAGGAGUAGCCUUUUGAUGACCAGCAAGAGUUUCAAGACACAAAUAUAGCAACGAUGAAGUUCAUGUGUCCAUCUUAAACAAGGAACCUUUGGUCUUACAUAUUGUCUCGCCACACCUUCCCUUCCACCACAGCUACUCAUUUCCACUUUCUUCUUUCUAAGCUUAGCCUAUCAUGGCUUGUGUUUGAUAUCCAUGAAGGACACAUUGUCCUGACUGACAAGUUAAAAGGGAUUCAUUUCGUAGUGUUUAUACGCCUAGAAGCCAUUUAUUGAUUCUCAUUCAUAAUUAUAUUAUUCAUAAUGCUACUCUCGUUGUUAAUAACAUUUUUUAUAGGUGAAUGGCUUUAACUAAUGGUAAACGUGGUGUCACCUCGCAUGCGAAAAAUUCACAAAGCUAGAAGCCAUGGAGUAAUUAAUAUUGAGGUUCGUUAGAACGCUAAGGUCAACCAGUUGGGUUUAGCUCGCCUUGAGGAAAAUACAGGCUUUUAAAUCACCUUGUAGUUGAGCUUGCGAUGAUCCUGCGACAUUAAAGUGAACAGGAAUGGUCAUUCCCGCCGUUUGGAAUGGCGGUAACGGAAGGCAAUUUCUGCAAACGUGAACAGGCAUACAAAUUCAAGAUUCUUGGUACAAUGGAUGCAUGCAUUGGUUGAAAAGACCAAACUUAAUAAUUGAAAGUAGUAGUAGUUGUAGACAUUAAUUCAAGACUUCAAUUUUUCUUCUAUAAAAUCAGUGUUCUAGUUUCACACUACUAUACACCAGUUUUAAAAUUCCUCUCAAUCUAACAUUUCUUUCCUUGUCAAAAAAAGCAUACCGUAAAGCUUUUCUUACCUUCUAAUUUAAAGAUGGGAGACAUCCUUUAUUUAGGCAUCAAACAUAGAUCUCGUCAUAUUUCAGAAACUAUUAAUAACGAAGACCAACAUUACCUUCGAGUUCGAUGUCAUCGUAAGAUUUCCCCGGCGCCCCCAACCAUUGAAGAUAGCUUAAGGUCAGCCGGAUUGUGGGACUUUGCUAAUUUAAACAAAUAUAACGUUGAUAAUCGUUUAAUUGUCGCAUUAUGUGAAAGAUGGAGGCCGGAAACCCACACAUUUCUUUUUCCAUCGGGCGAGUGUACAAUAACGUUGGAAGACGUUCAUAUGCUCCUUGGUUUAAAGGUUAACGGUGAACCGAUUACCCGGUAAAACAGAAGUUGGGUGGGAGAUUGUUGAACCUAUAUUAGGAAGUAAGCCAUUAAACUCUCGCCAUGACGGGAAGAAUAUAAGAUUAUCAUGGCUUCAAGAAUAUAUCAACGGUGUUGGUAUGACAGGUCCCCCCACGACUCUACAUAUGUUUAGAGCCUAUGUCUUAUACUUGAUAGGCUCUCGAAUAAUGCCUAAUUAUAGUGGUAAUCUUGUACAUUUGUCGUUUUUGCAAUUGUUGGAUAAAUCACCUGAGGAGGUUGGACAGUAUAGUUGGGGUUCAGCUUGUUUGGCCACGCUAUAUAGAUCCUUGUGUGACGGUGCAAUAUAUGGCAAUACCGAAAUGCCUGGGUGCACAAUUCUCUUGCAAGCAUGGGCGUGGUCAAGAAUGUCAUGCUUAGCUCCCGUGCCAAGGAUACCACCACAAGCUCAUGCACAACUUCCGUUGGCAAAUAUAUGGCUAGAACAUGGUAAUAAAUUCGUGGAAAAUCCUCGGCAUAAUCUCGUAUGUACGCGUUUAAAAAUCGACACCAUGACAUAUGAUCAGUUCUCCUGGAGGCCUUAUGUCAACUUCAAUUACAGCAACGAAGAAGAAUGCCAGAUAUGGUCUGCAAACACAUAUCUCAUCUGUUUUCAGAUUGUCGAGAGACAUCAGACAGACAGAGUAAAACUUCAAUUUGGCUUACCGCAACACCCACCUUCCUUACCAGAAAAUUUGAAAGUUUUCCACAAAAUUAAUUUGACAAAAGAUAGAAUUAAAGGCUCGUGGGGAGAUAAGCAUCAUCGUCAAGUCCAAAACUGGAACCAACGUCAUCAAUUAGCACUUCACGGCGUUCGGUAUAACCAUGAGGUUUAUCCAAAUCGUCAAUAUUUUGCAUGGUAUUGGGAAUUUUUCGGAGAUUAUCUGUGGCUUUCUAGAGAAGUAUUAUUGUCAAACCCAAGGCAAGCAUGUGCAUCAAUUUUACCAGGAUUUCCGCGUGACUAUCCUGCAGUCCCACAAACUUAUACGGUGCUAGAUGAAAAUAUGUCGUCAAAUACACCUCCACCCUAUAACCAAUUCAUGACACCUCCACCCACUAACUUUGACCAAACCUUUAACCCAUCCACCAACUACAACUACAACCAAACUUACCAAUCACCGCCACAACCCACAAACCAAAUCUUACAUAACACCCCAAUCCCAUAUCCAAGUUAUUCUCAACAAAGUCAUCAUGGAGAAAGCUCUCGAACAUCAAACUAUUCAUUUGAUGACUACAAUCCAACUCAACACACCACACAAACCAGUUAUUCAGACCAAUCACAAUACUCCUCGUUCAACCUACCAACCCCUCCACACUUUGUAAACUAUCCCCAAACAACCUAUGCACCUCAAUGGCCAAAUUCACAAACUAAUCCCAUAGAAAGUCUGGCAGCAGGGUUUAAUGACGAUGACUUCGUUAAUGAAAUCUGGACCAACUUAGCUUCACAAGUGCAAAAUGAAGUCGCUAUGGAAACUAAUGAUGAUGUUGAAAUUCUUGACGAGAAUGUGGAACAGGAAGAGCACGAGGAAGAGGAAGAGGAAGAGCAACACCAACGACCCGUACAGAAUAAAAAAGAUAAAUUAUGUGCUACGGGAGGUCAUAGUUUACAUUGGCGUAAUUGGUUUCCGCGGAGAAAGUAGUUUUUGUAUUAAAUAUUUAUCAUUAUUAUUAUUAUUUAUCAUAUA